AUGUUUCAACGUGAAAUCGUGGACCAUGCACGCGGACCACCAACCCCAUCCGCACAACAAUUCAUCGAAGUACCGACAACCAGCGCAGCACAUGAUCUAUAUCGUAUGAUCCGAGUCAGGUCCACCGGACGUUUUAGCAACAUCAACACCCUUGCUUUCGCCUUGACUUUGGGGUUCUGCAGGCUCCUUAUACUCACCAAUGCAUUUCUUGUGGGCCGUCUCUCCUGUUACCCUAAUAAACGCGGCGUGUAUCUUAAACAGAUCACGGCUUGGGCUGUUGAUAGUAUCUUUCAAAUUGAACGAGGAGUUUUCGAGCUCCAAGAUCAAGGUAGCAACGACUUAACAAGGGAGUUUGAGAUUGAUCUCCCACACACCAUCUGCAAGAGAAGCAAGGCGGCUCUUGGAAAUCCCCACGACUUCAUUCUGGCUACCUUAUCUCUAUUUGACUACGGACCUGAAUAUUCCUUCAAGUUCUUGACUGAUCUAGCUGUCAAACUCAUGUAUACCCAUGUACCGGGGAAGCAUUUCUAUAAAAAGAAUCCAGGCCAAUCAUCCUACAUGUCCAAAGUGUUGGCAAUCGCUCUUUUCUUGUUUCGAGAACUCUCGAGGGCCAACGGGCUAACAAAAUUAGAGUAUAAGAAGAACACUUCACUCCAGCGAUGCUUGAGAUUAAGUUCGCGCUGUGUGGAUUGCCGUGGCUAUUCUAAUUUGAGAAAGGGUAACCAGUGCUGCGGAAUGACAUAUGAUCCAAACCGCUACAUUAUCUUGGCAAGGUACAAGCAUGCACAGGAGCUAGGCUUCGAUACCUGCGUUCGCAUCUACCUGCGCGGUGAUAUGUGCGGAGGCGGAAAUAGUGACAUCGAGGAAAACAGCUGGGCCUGGGGAAUGGGAGGCUGGGCUCGACUGCAUCUCGCUCGGACGGAGACGAGGCUUUCCGGAAAGAUCUAUUCCAUGUUUGCCAAUAUGGAGGAUUAUGGAGGGUUGAUGCCGACUAUGUUAGAGCGCGCUAGAACGCGGGCCGGAAUUUCGGGCAUGGCCGUACUAGAGCAAGAUAUCGCGUGUGCGGAUCGUGUCGAAUAUAUCAGAUUUAAUGACAAAGAAGGCUCCGCACGUCGCUCGACCAGGCCUUCCGCGAAAGAUCUAACGUGGGCCGACGCCAUUGGUUAG